AAGGAGUUCAAACAUUCAAACUAAAUACAUAUGGCGAGACACUGCCACCGUCUCCUUCCCUCAAAAUUCCGCUCUACUCCUUCCCCGAAAUCCUUCUGCGCCUCCUCGGCUCCGGACCCGACAACUCAAGUUCAGCUCCUGGAAGAGCUCCGGAAGAUCAGGGUCCUCAUCCAGCAGAACCGGAGUGAAACGGCAAAAAGACACAUCCGAACCCUCAUUUCUCUGCACUCCGUAUCGCAACUCUACACUGUUUUCUCGCAGUCCUCGCCCCCGCCUAACACGAAGCCAGUUUUUACAGACACGCUUUUAACAGUUUACGCGGAGUCCAAGCUCCCAAAUGAGGCUGCGGAAUUGUACAGUUUGGUGAGGAGUGACGGUAAUUUCCCUUCGCUCCCGGCUUUUAAUCUGUUCUUGGAAGCUUUGGUGACGUCUAGCCAAUUUGAUAAGACCCUGAAGAUAUUUUCGGAUGCUGUGGAUUCUGGUGUUUGGGUGGAUAAGUUCAGUUAUGGGAAAGCAAUACAAUCCGCGGUGAAGCUGGGGGAUCUGAAAAAAGGUUUGGACUUGAUGACUCAGAUGAAGAAAUGCGGGGCGAGGCCAAACGGGUUCGUUUACAAUGUUUUAAUCGGUGGUUUGUGUAAGGAGAGGAGAGUGGAUGAUGCCAAGAAGUUGUUUGAUGAAAUGCUCAAGAGGAACGUGGCCCCGAAUAGAGUCACAUACAAUAGUCUGAUUGACGGGUGUUGUAAAGCGGGAGACUUAGAGGGGGCAUUUAAUUUAAGAGAAAAGAUGAAAACUGACAGUGUGGAGCCAAAUAUUGUGACGUAUAACACAUUGCUUGGUGGGCUUUGUAAGAUGGGGAGAAUGGAAGAGGCUGACAAGAUUUUGGAGGAAAUGGGUGCGUAUGGGUUUGUGCCUGAUGGAUUUACUUACAGUAUUCUUCUUGAUGGGCAUUCAAGGCGUGGGAAUGUGGAGGCUUCAAUGGCACUAUAUGAUGAUGCAGUGAAGAAAGGGGUGACUAUGAAUGAGUAUACUUGCAGUAUUUUGAUGAAUGGAUUAUGUAAGUUAGGGAAAAUGGAUAGAGCCGAGGAAUUCUUGAUGAAGUUAAAGGAACAUGGGGUUGGCUUGACAGAGGUGAUUUUGAAUACUAUGGUGAACGGUUAUUUCAAAGUGGGAUAUGUUGACAAAGCACUUCUGGCCAUUGAAAAAAUGGAAAAUGAGGGGGUGAAACCCAGCUGCAUCACAUAUAAUACGGUGAUCAGCAAUUUCUGUGACUUGGGUCGGAUGGACGAUGCAAAUGAGUGGGUAAGGAAGAUGAAUGUGAAGGGACUUUGCCCGAAUAUACAGACUUAUAAUAUCUUAGUAGAUGGCUAUGGCCACAGUUGCCAGUUUGAAAAGUGUUUACAGAUUCUUGAGGAAAUGGAAAAUAAUGGGUUAAAGCCCAAUGUUGUCACUUAUGGAUCUCUAAUAAAUAGUUUUUGCAAGAAGGGCCGACUUCCUGAAGCUGUAGUCAUUUUCAAAGAUAUGCUGAACAGAAGCGUUUUGCCUAAUGUCCAGGUAUACAAUAUGCUUAUAGAUGGAUUUUGCAUGAGAGGAAACAUUGAUGAUGCUUUUAAAGUUCUGGAUGAGAUGUUAAGAAGUGAUAUCUCUCCAACCAUUGUGACAUACAAUGCACUUGUAAACGGGCUCAGCAAAAAAGGUAGGGUGGCAGAAGCCGAAGAAUUAGCCUUUAGUAUUACAGAUAAAGGUCUAAAUCCUGAUGUCAUCACAUACAAUUCCUUAAUCUGUGGGUUCUCAGAUGCUGGUAACCUGGAGAAGUGUUUGGAAUUGUAUGAGAAGAUGAAAACGUCGGGCAUCAAGCCUACCUUAAGUACUUACCAUCCUCUAAUAAGCGUGUGCAAAAAGGAUGGACUGGAUCUUCUAGAGAAAAUUGUUGCGGAAAUGUCUCAUUGGAACCUGAGCCCUGAUCGAAUUGUAUAUAAUGAGCUUAUUUAUUGCUAUGUAAAGCAAGGAAACAUUCAGAAGGCAACUGUGCUGUGCACUGAGAUGUUAACUCUGGGAAUUUCUCCUGACAAGAUGACAUAUCAUAGCUUGAUUAUGGGGCGCUUGAAAGAGGGCAAUGUACAGGGAGCAAGGGAUCUUUUUGAUGACAUGAUGGCCAAAGGGGUGGCCCCAAAUGAUGGAAUUUUUAACACACUAAUUGAAGGACAUUGCAAACUGAAGGAUUUUGACGGGGCUUACAUGUGGUACAAAGAAAUGUUGAAGAUCGGUUUUCUUCCAUGCAUUUCUGUUUGUAAUGAGCUUCUUUUUGGCCUUAGGGCGGAAGGAAGAUUCAAGGAGGCUGAGAUAAUCUGCUCUGAAAUGAGUAUUAAAGGAGUUGAUGAGUUGAGAUUGCAGGACGAUCUUUCAGCUGCCCCUGCAAUGUAGUGCGGAGUUGUUUGUCGUCUCAAAGCUCCUCAGUUUCUCACCCCCUAGACUCAAGCGACCCUUCUCCCUCCUUUCCCCACACAAUAAACCCACCUCCCUCUUUUCCUUCCUUCUCACCCCUGUUCCUCUCCGGUUCUCCACCACACCAACAAAAUUUCAUUAACCAUCUCCGCAGGCGACAUGCGCCCUGGCGCUACAAUUUGAGUCCUCCUUUGAGCUCCAAAAUAUAUCCAUCUCCAACCUCACGUUCAACAAGAAAAGUAUUCUUUUUGUGGUUCCCGAUGCCUUCAACCCCAGCUGCUCGCCAAAACAUCUACCAGUUCUCGUCGAAAAGCCGCUGAAUUUAAGGCCAAGGGAUUGGACUUCAUUGCUUGUAUUUCUGUCAACAGUGCAUUUGUGAUGAAGGCUUGAAAGGAGAUUUUAAAGGUAGGGGAUGAUGUUUUCUUGUGAGUGAUAGCAAUGCUGGUGAUUAAUAGAAGUGAGGUCGAGGUGGUAUGCUAUGUAUGGGGAAGAUGGGGUUGAAAUCUUGAAUUUUGAGGAGGGCAGUGAUAUCCAUGUUAGCAGUACAGAGGACAUGCUCAAGGCCAUCUGACAGCAUUGUUCUCUACUUUAAGCUUUUGCAAUGGAGGAAUGUGCUGAUUGUGGCUCAGAUGUUCUCUUGUUUCUACCUAAUGUUGCAUAAUUGGGAUUAUGAUAAGACUGGAUAAUGGAGUUCCAUUAUUAAUUAUUGAAUGUUGAGAAGAUUGAAACUGAAUGUUUGUGUUUGGUAAGAUGCAAGCCUACUCCAGUGGUGCAUAUUGGUUAAGUUUUCGAGUGUGAUUAUUCUGAACAAUGUCUUGGAACUUAUUUCGGGCUCUAUCGGAAUGCUUGUAAAGCACUUCAAAUAUGCAAGAAGUUGUUGUCCCAGCAGGCGGUUGCAGGGCUAAUAGCAAUAUUUCACUCCUCAAAGAAAACCAUCACAUGUUUCUUCAGUUUCCCCUCAAGAAAUGGAAGAAAAAACUCUUAACCCCCCCUCAGAAGGUCUUAUUUGAUUGCACUUGGUUAAAAGACGGUGAAUGAAUGUCUUGUGACAUUUGGUAUUGCUUGAAUCUGAGACCUAGCAGUGCUUUCUCAAAAUUGAAUGUUGUUUUUUGUUGUUGUUAUUUCUGAAACUAGCGCUUUUUUCAGUGUUUGGCGAUCCACGAAUUAGACUUAGAUCUCCCUACUACGCCAUUGUCUAAUAAGUAGUAGUGAAUUCAAACACACAUCA